UUGCCUACUUGAGAAAUGAGGACAGUGCUGCAAUGGCAGAGCUCCCCUUUCUUAAGGCUGACAUCAGAGAGAUAUUUGAAAUUCCGUUAAAAAGCCAUUUCAAACGCCAAAAGAGGAGGAAGUGCUUUUGGAGGAGGAACCAACUCUGGAGAAGAAAGGUCCAGCACCAUAGGCCAAGGCUCCUGAAGGAGCACAAACCACCCAGCAGCAAAUGCCUGAAAGCAACUCAGAACCAACACCAAGCUGACACAGAUCCAAAGGCAGCUGUCUGCAUGCAGCCACAGCAACAACAGCAGGGGCAAGGAGGCAUGGCCCCACAGGUGACUGUACAGGUGCAGGGACUGGAGUUCCCACAAGUGACUGUGAAUGUGCAGCCACAGAUGCAGCUGCUGAGCCAACAAUGGGAAGUGCCACAAGUGACUGUGCAAUUGCAACAAUGGCAACAAGGCCAGGGUGCAGUGACUGUACAGGUGCAGCCACAGCAGCAGGGUCAAGGUAGGGUGGGUUUCCAGGUGACUGUCCAGGUACAGCCACAAGUAAGCCAUGACCAAGAAAGGCCACAGGGGACACCACUCCAGGCUGAGGGCCAAGGUGAGGAAAAGUCCCAGGCCACCGAGCAGGAGCAGCAAGAGAACCGAGAUGAGAGGGAGUUUACUGUGACUGAGCUGAAGCAAGAGAAGGACGAGGACGUGGAAAGAACAGAAGUAAUGAAAUUUCAAGUGCCAAGUCAAGAAGGGCUGGAGAAGCAGGCACAAGACCAGAGCCAAGAGGAAGAAGAGUCAAAGGUAGUGGUUCCCCAGAGGCUGGCCCAAGAAGUGGAAGGGAGAGAGACUAUAGGACCAAAGGUGAUGGACCAGGUGCAGGAACAGCAGCAGGAGGACAAAGGGCAAGAUAAACCACCCACAUCUAACAAACUGCCACGGGAGAUGCCAAAUUAUUUUGUCUCUAUUCCAGUAACAAAUGACCAGAUUUUAGACAAAAUUGAAGAUGUACAGGAACUCAUAUUUACUAAAGAACCUGCUUUGUUGAGAGCUUUAAUUCCUGUUCAGACUAUGCAUCUUACCAUCAUUGUUGCUCAUCUGAGAACAGAAGAAGAAGUAAAAAAGGCUGUCUUGGCACUGAAACAGAGCAAAGCUAAAAUAGAAGCCAUCUUACAGGGUAAACUCCUUAACAUGACCUUUCAUGGAAUUGGGCAAUUCAACAACCAAGUGGUAUAUGUAAAAAUGUCAGAGGAUGAACAACAAAUGCUAAGUAAAAUUGCAGAAAUUGUGGAAGAGUGUUUUGGUGAAAUGAAUCUGAAUAUUUCUGGGAGCAAAGACUUCAAGCCACACCUUACUUUUCUGAAGCUUUCCAAAGCACCUGCACUAAGAAGGAAGGGCUUCAGAAAAAUAAAUUCGGAUCUAUAUAAGGAAUAUGAAGAUAGCUUUUUUGGUACAGAAGUCUUCAGUCAAAUCGAUCUUUGUGCUAUGCAUAAGAAGAAACAGGAAUCUGGUUAUUAUCACUGUGAAUGCUCAAUUAAUGUAGGCUCCAGCAAUAUAGAGGAGAAGCAAGAAGUGCAGACAGAAGAUUUGGGGGAGAGAUCCAUUGACAUUCUUCCUAGCAGUGCUGCAGAGGUCAGAACUGGAACAGUUACUGCAGGCUAUAAAUCUGCAGCAUGUGUAACAGAAGAUGAUGACAAACAAUCUGAAAAUCUUGCUGAAGCUCCAGUCGCAAGUGAGGAGAAGAAAAUCGAUGAGCUAGAUGUACGGCCUAAAGCUAAAGAUGAGAUGUUCCUUGCAGAGAGAGAAUUCAGCUCUAAGUCAAUGCUUGAUCACUUGCCAGUAGAUCCUGAUGCAUUACAAGGUAAAGAUGAGGGACAAGGAGAAACAAAACUUACACAUGGUAAUUUGCAAUGAGUUCAUAUAAAAGAAGUGGCAUUUGGUCAGCCCAACUUCACAGCAUAAGACAGACUGUUUCAAUUUUUGGUGAAAUGUAGAUGUUUCCAUAAUUGGUGAUGUUGAUCAAUCAGGGCAAACUGCUGUGGUACAAUACCAAAAUAGCACUUGGUUGCUGUAUAAAGAGAGAUAUUUUGAUGACUUACAUGUCCGGCAUGCUAUUUGGAUGGUGAAUUACUUUUCAUCAGAAGUUGGAUACAGCUUUCUAAAUUUAACAAAAACUUGAGCAAAGAAUUCUGUAGGUGAUAUGUGAUUGAACAUUUGCCUUGAAAUAAUAAAACGGGUUUUGGAGUAAACCUAUGGCUCAAUCGGCAAACAUUGAAAGCCUCAAACAUUCUCACUUUUCAAGACAAGAGACAGUUUUGCAGGACUUGAACCUUUUACAAGUGGUGAAUUGAUAUCAUUCUGAAGGAGCCGUUACAUGGGUAAACACUAAUGUCAUAUCCAUACUUGGUAGGUGAUUUUAGUUCUUAUGGAGUUUGAAAUGUAUAUUUUAUUUUAUUUUUGGAUAACGGUGGUUUGAGAAAAUACUCUGGGUUGGACAAGCAGCACAUUUAAAUUCUACAAAGACACCAAAAUCUUUGAUUCUCCCUCACCCCAUCUUUAAUACAGUGUUUUGCAAAGGUAGUACAGGUAAAGA